AUGAAGUUUUCAUCUCUAUACAGAAGCCCGGAGCUUAACCCCAAGGAUCUCAAAGCAUUGACGAUUCCUAUCUUCAACCCAAUCAACGUCUACGGCAGGUGCUUCCAUCUUUCCUGGCUUGGUUUUUUUGUCUGUUUCUUAUCAUGGUUUGCGUUUCCACCUCUGCUACACGGUUCUUUGAAAAAAGAUCUGAACUUGACUGCAGUUGAUAUCGCCAAUGAUAACAUCUGCGGUCUCAGUGCAACUCUCAUUGCCAGAUUCGUACUUGGUCCUUUGUGCGACAAGUUCGGUCCAAGAUGGGUAAUGGCUGGAACUUUGAUUGUUGGUGCAAUUCCUACUGCGUUCUGUCCUUUGGUGACCAAUGUGUCUGGUCUACAUGCUAUCAGAUUUUUCAUUGGAUUUCUGGGUGGUUCCUUUGUGCCCUGCCAAAUGUGGACUACAGUGUUUUUUGACAAAACGAUUGUAGGAACCGCCAAUGCCCUUGCGGGUGGUUGGGGUAACGCUGGUGGUGGUGUUGCAUUUUUUAUGAUGCCUGCCUUAGUAUCGAGUCUACUGGGAGACGGUUACUCCCUGCAUAGAUCAUGGGGACUGGCGUUCACCGUGGGUCCGUUUGUUAUUCUCGUGUUUGUUGCUGCUCUUGUGAUUCUUUUUGGACAGGAUUGCCCGGAGGGGAAAUGGAGUAAGCGGAAGGAUAUUCUCGGAAUAGGUAUUGAUAAUACUCUGGUGACCGUUGUUUCCGUGAGGUCUGACCAGAAGACCAGCAAGAGGAUUGUCUCUCAAGUGACCCCUGGCGAUAGUGCUUCUGCCGAAAACGUUGCUGUUGAUGAGCUAAUCAUGGCUGAUGAAAUCAUCGAAGACCCAACUCUUCUUGGAGCUCUUAAAACUUCUUUCAGCUACAGAACUAUGCUUACUGCAUUGUGUUACCUGUGUACUUUUGGUGGAGAGUUGGCAAUCGAGGCCAUUCUUUCAGGCCUUUAUUCCCAAAAAUCUCCAAAAUGGUCGCAGUCAUUAGCCGGUGAUUGGGGUUCCAUGAUGGGUCUUUUGAACAUAAUUACGAGACCUCUGGGUGGUGUUAUCUCAGAUCUUCUCUACAGAACCUUCAAGACUACCAAGGUGAAAAAAUUCUGGAUGAUUUUUUGUGGGUUCAUGCAAGGAGUAUUCUUGCUAUGGAUAGGUCUUGUUACCAGUUUGAGUGUCCACGGAACCAUCGGUGCUCUUGCUGCGAUGAGUGUUUUUAUGGAAAUGGGCAAUGGUGCAAAUUUCUCAACCGUGUACUUCAUCAACAAGAAACACCCAGGUAUUGUGGCAGGAACUACUGGAGCCUUUGGAAACCUUGGUGGUAUUGUCUUCUCCUUAGUGUUCAGAUACAAUGUCACUGAUAAGGGUACCUCUGACUAUGGUCGCAGUUUCUACAUCAUUGGUGCUAUUUGCAUGGGACUGAAUGCUUUGGUAUGUUUUAUACCCAUCAGAGAGGAUAAGUACGUCUCUGCCCACCAUGAGGCAGAAGGAGACGUCAAAGUCUAG